UUAUUAUUUACCAUUUGUUUAAACUUUAAAGUUUAAGGAUAAACGGAUAAAGUUCCUUCUUCUGAGUCUCAAAACAACCAGCAUUCCGCCUCUGCCACCGUCCCCGCCUCCGCCGCCGGCAGACAAUACGACAUGUUAGCUCCUUAUCCAAUAUGCCAUGACCUGUUUUCACAGCAGUUCAAGGUCUCAACUAAAGCUAAAUUGUAUUGUUCCUCAGCCCCACCUUCUUCUUCCGGCUCACUUCAGUUUCACUUCAUAAAGUCUCAAAAUUUGACGUUCCCGUUGAACGCACUUAGUUUAAGAAGCGGAUGGAGGAAGAAGGUAUUUUGCGGCAACAAACUUGCCGUCUCAUCUUCCUUAGAAAACAACGGCGAUGGAAUUUCCUCGCCGUACUCUGUGAAAAUCCCCGUGGGUGACCGGCAUAUAUUGGUUGAAACUGGUCGUAUGGGGAGACAAGCUAGUGGAGCUGUGACAGUGACAGAUGGAGAAACUAUUAUUUAUACAACUGUUUCUCUUGCUGACGUUCCAAGUGAGCCUUCAGAUUUUUUCCCCCUAUCUGUACAUUAUCAAGAACGAUUUUCAGCUGCAGGGCGGACAAGUGGGGGGUUUUUUAAACGAGAAGGAAAGACUAAAGAUCAUGAGGUCCUUAUUUGUAGAUUGAUAGAUAGGCCGUUGCGCCCAACAAUGCCCAAGGGCUUCUAUCAUGAAACUCAAAUAUUGUCUUGGGUAUUAAGUUACGAUGGAUUGCACCCUCCAGAUUCUUUGGCAGUUACAGCCGCCGGAAUUGCAGUAGCCCUGUCAGAAUUGCCAAAUUCAGAACCUGUUGCCGGUGUCCGAGUUGGUCUUAUUGGUGAUCAGCUUGUAGUGAACCCAAGAACAAAGGAGAUGGAAAAUUCAAAACUAGAUUUGUUGAUAGCAGGCACGGAGAGUGCCAUAUUGAUGAUCGAGGGGUACUGUAAUUUUCUUACUGAAGAGAAGUUGCUUGAAGCCGUACAAGUUGGGCAGGAUGCCAUUCGAGGAAUUUGCAAACAAGUAGAAGGUUUGGUGAAGAUAUGUGGAAAACCUAAGAUGUUUGAUGCUAUUAAAUUGCCCCCUCCUCAGCUAUAUAAGCUUGUUGAGGAAAUUGUUGGUGAAGAAUUAGUUGAAGUGCUGCAAAUAAAGAAAAAAAUUCCUCGAAGGAAAGCUUUAGCAUGUUUGGAAAACAAGGCUAUAAGUAUACUUACAGAAAAGGGUUACAUUGCUGAUGUUGGAGCUGUUGGAUAUGCUGAAAUGAUACCAGAAGUAGUUGAAGAUGAAGAGGAUGAGGAAGUGGUUGUAGAUGGUGAAGUUGAUGAAGGUGAUAUUCACAUCAAGCCAGUUCCCCGAAAAGUUCCAGAUUUGACAUUUACUGAGGUAGAUGUGAAACUUGUUUUUAAAGAAGUCUCAUCCAGAUAUCUUCGUAAACGGAUUGUUGAGGGAGGAAAACGAAGUGAUGGCAGGACACCACAGGAGUUGCGGCCAAUAAGCUCUUGUUGUGGACUACUUCCCAGAGCACAUGGAAGUGCACUUUUUACUCGGGGGGAAACACAGUCACUGGCUGUCGCGACUCUUGGUGAUAAACAAAUGGCGCAGAGAAUAGAUAACCUGGUAGAUGAAGAAGAAUUCAAGAGAUUUUAUCUUCAGUAUUCAUUUCCACCCUCAUCCGUUGGUGAAGCGGGCCGUGUGGGAGCACCAUCUCGAAGAGAAAUUGGUCAUGGAAUGCUAGCAGAGAGAGCUUUGGAGCCUAUAUUACCUUCUGACGAUGAUUUUCCUUAUACAAUACGCGUUGAGAGUACAAUCACAGAGAGCAAUGGAUCAUCAAGCAUGGCAUCAGUAUGUGGUGGUUGCUUAGCUUUGCAAGAUGCCGGUGUUCCAGUCAAGUGCUCUGUAGCUGGUAUAGCAAUGGGUUUGGUUUUGGACACAAAAGAGUUUGGCGGUGAUGGAACUCCUCUUAUUCUUUCUGAUAUUACGGGAUCAGAAGAUGCAUCUGGAGAUAUGGAUUUCAAGGUUGCUGGAAACGAUGAUGGCGUAACUGCAUUCCAGUUGGACAUCAAGGUUGGAGGAAUUACUUUACCAAUUAUGAAGCAGGCUCUUUUACAAGCAAAAGACGGUCGGAAGCUUAUUCUUGCUGAAAUGUUAAAGUGUUCCCCGCCACCAUCAAAAAUUCUCUCCAAGCAUGCUCCAUUAAUUUAUGUUAUGAAGGUUAAACCAGAGAAGGUUAACCUUAUUAUAGGCUCUGGAGGGAAAAGGGUGAAGAGCAUUAUUGAAGAAUCUGGGGUGGAAGCGAUUGAAACACAGGAUGAUGGCACUGUCAAAAUAACCGCUAAAGAUAUGUCCAGCUUGGAAAAGUCAAAGGUGCUUAUAAGCAAUCUUACGAUGGUUCCAUCUGUCGGUGAUAUAUACAGGAACUGUGAAAUCAAAUCCAUUGCUCCAUAUGGAGUGUUUGUCGAGAUCGCACCUGGCCGAGAGGGACUCUGCCACAUUAGUGAAUUAAGUGCCAAUUGGCUUGCAAAGGCGGAAGAUGCUGUUAAAGUUGGGGACCGAGUUGAUGUCAAACUUAUUGAGAUAAAUGAGAAAGGGCAGCUGCGUUUAAGUCGCCGUGCUUUGCUUCCAGAACCUGACAAGGGACAACCAACAAAUAAAACUACUACAAUUUCACAAAAAGUUGCAGAUAAGAGCAAACCUAAGAAAUCGGUGACUGUGAUGAAGAAUACUUCACCACUGGAGAACGGUGAAGUGCAGAAGAGUGAAAAUGUUGGUGCAGAAACUAAAUUACCUUUGAAAAGAAAGGCAGUUGAUGAUCAAUUUUCUUCAAAGGACAGCAGCAACCCUGUUGUUAAUGUUUCUCUCAAAAGUGAUACAACUGUUAUAAAUGGAGAGGCCAAUGUGGGUUAAUCAAUGCGACCAUCAACUAAUGAUGAUUUCUAUCUAAAAGUUGCAUGGUUGUGAAAUUUCUCAUUGAACAUCAGAGGGUAAAAAAGAUUGUCGAUAUUCUUCUUCAGUCAGCUGCAACAAAGUACAGAAAUAUCGCAAAUUUUUCAUGUGCGUUGGUUUCUGGUAACAAGGCCUGCUAAUGGAAGGCAACCGGUUUGUAUUACUGGGUUUAGUGCAAUCCCAGGAAAGUUUUGGCCAAAAUGAAAUAGCUCCUGAUUUGAAGGUCCACUCCUGGAAAGCCUCUCUAGGAUCAACAUCGUACAGUGACUGUCUCGAAGUUGAUAUAUUCAUGUUAUACAUCGUUUCCUUUUGUUCUUGAUUAGCUUUUAGGUCAGUUUUAUCUACUUUACAAGUUUCCUAGAUUAGAUUGGGAGUAAGAAAGGAUUAAACUCUUUGAUAGAAGCCUUUCAAAUUUUUGACGGUUUUUACAGUAAACGAGUGUGCCCCGGAGGUGUAUGCGGGCUCUGGAAUGGGGAAUUUGUGUUACCUUACGGGUCAGUACUUUUUAAGAUCUUUGUACUGUACAUAAGACGGGAUCGGUUAUCAACAAUUCAGAAUUCAUUGGAGGCAAAACCAGGUCCGUUUUCACAUUCAACAGUGAAGACCGGCUUGACAUUACAUAACACUUGUUUCUCAUCGAUCAAACUCUUUCAUGUAUUAUUGGAUAUGCAGGCAACCGUGUAGUGCCAUUUAUGAUAAUGUUAUAACACAAAACAAUGCUGUAAACAAAUACAACAAUUAACUUCAAAGCACAUCGCGGCAUUCAAAUUGGAAAC